AUGGCGGAGAAGAGCGAGUUGCGCGUGCGCUGGCUGGUGCUGUUCCUGUCAUGCGUGCUGAUGAUCGGCAACUACUACUGCUUCGACAACCCGGCGGCGCUCAAGAGCCAGCUGCAACAGCACUUCAACAACAUCCCCAAGGAUCGCUAUGAGUUCCUUUUUAAUUUGCUGUACACGCUGUAUUCGAUCCCCAACAUCUUACUGCCGUUCUUUGGUGGUGUGCUCGUGGAUCGCUUUGGUGCACGUGUGAUGCUAUUCGCCUUCUCGACGGCGAUCUUGACGGGCCAAUUGAUUUUUGCAACGGGCUGCUCGCUCUCCAGCUUCAAUCUUAUGCUGUUUGGGCGAGUGGUGUUCGGGUUCGGUGGAGAAAGCUUGGGUGUAGCUCAGGGGACGCUUGUGGCCUCCUGGUUUAAGAACAGUGAGCUUGCGCUCGCCUUGGGUAUUAACCUCAGUGUUGCUCGACUUGGAAGUGUCAUCAACAAUGAGUUGAGCCCAAUUGUUGCUCAAGCAUCCAGUGUGUCGGCUGCGCUUUGGGUGGGUGUAAUCAUGUGUGUGGCAUCCACCUUCACCGUGCUACUGGUGAUUCCAAUCGACAAGCGAGCCGAGAAGAUGACAAAGGAGAACCAGAAAGAAGGGGUGACUGCUGCUGAGAGCAUUCACUUCAGUGAUAUCAAACACUUCCGACCAGCCUUUUGGCUAUUGGCGCUGAGCUGUUUGGUCGUCUACGGCUGCGUAAUUCCUUUUAACAAUGUUGCCAGCAGUCUCCUGAUGGAGAGGGAUUUCUUCAAGGAGCCCCCUGAGCUGUGUCGACGAUGUGGAGAAGGACUUUAUAUUGGUGAAAUCGAUUGCCAAGAGAUCGUUCCUGGAUGUCCUAGUGUUCCUCCCUACGGAUGGCCACUCCCUCUGCUAUCGGCAAACUGUACGAUCAAGGAACCCCUAGACCAGUGGAACUGCUCGACUUCACCUCCACUGAUUCUUGGUGACAAGAUUAAUUGUGAUAACGAAGCAUGGAAGCUUGGCCCCCUGACCAAGACGUACUGUGCCACGAAGACUGAUGCGGCCCAGAAGGCAGCCACACCAAUGUCCAUCCCGUACAUUAUCAGCGCGGUCAUCUCUCCGUUUCUUGGAUUCGUGGUCGACCGGAUUGGUCUCCGCGCCUUUUUGGCGCUGGUGGCUCCUCUCGCACUGACGAUAGUCCACGUCAUGCUCGGACUGACUCAAGUAUCACUUUAUGUGCCGUUGGUGCUACAAGGCGUUGCCUACAGCGUGUUCGCCGCAGCACUGUGGCCCUCCGUUCCAUACGUGGUCGAGGCAAAACACGUUGGAACAGCGUACGGAGCGAUCACUGCCAUCCAGAACAUCGGGCUCGCGCUGUUCCCGCUGGCGGUAGCUGCCGAGUUCAAUCAUGACGACCGGUACAUUCCAGGUGUGGAGUUGUUGUUCGUGUCGUUCGGUGUGCUGGGCAGUCUCGUGGGUAUCGCGCUGAAUGUGGUGGACUACCAGAACGGGUCCAUAUUGAAUCACACAAACGCCAAGAAGAGAAGAGUAUCGCUCAUGCUGGACGAAGAUGCACUCGACCAGGAGGCUCUGCUUGCGGCUGAGCACUAA